AUGGCUUCAGAUUCCAAAUCAAAUCUUAAAAUCACCAUUCAAAGCAAUCCUUCAGAAUCAACCUUAGCUGAACUCAACAUCAAGUGUUGGCCCAAAUGGGGGUGUUCACCAGGGAAAUACCAGUUAAAGUUUGAUGCAGAGGAAACAUGCUAUUUGGUGAAAGGAAAAGUGAAAGCAUACACAAAAGGGUCAUCAGAGUAUGUAGAGUUUGGUGCUGGAGAUCUUGUGACAAUUCCAAAAGGACUAAGUUGUACUUGGGAUGUUUCUGUUGCUGUUGAUAAGUACUACAAAUUUGAAGCUUCAUCAUCUUCUUAG